AACUGUGCUUUUUCAUAUUAAAACAACAAAACGUUUAUUUUCGUAAAUAAUGGCGGCCUAUUUGAAUCGUACAUUUUCAAUGGUCACUGGUAAUGGCGGCGACGCCGGCAACUCUUCCAAUAAUACGCCCCAAACAAACACAAACCACAACAAAUCCAUGAAUUACGAUCCGACGGCAAUGAUGUCCGAUAAUCGAACAAUGCAUAUCAAUGCCGAUAAAUCCCCAUUGCAGGUAUUCGUCAGAGCCAAAAAGAAGAUCAAUGAUAUCUAUGUGGAAAUUGAGGAAUAUGUUGCCGAAACAACGACAUUUAUCAAUGCUUUACAUGCCGAUGCAGAAAUUGUGGACAAAGCAGAACGUGAACUUUUUGAAAGUUAUGUCCUCAAAGUCGCCGGUAUACGUGAAGUUUUGGCUCGUGAUCAUAUGAAAGUGGCCUUUUUCGGUCGUACAUCGAAUGGUAAAAGUUCGGUGAUCAAUGCUAUGUUGAGGGAGAAGAUCCUGCCCAGCGGCAUUGGUCAUACAACAAAUUGUUUCUGUCAGGUGGAGGGCAGUGACAGUUCUGAGGCGUAUUUAAUGAAAGAGGGUUCAGAGGAAAAACUCAAUGUUGUGAACAUCAAACAAUUGGCCAAUGCAUUGUGCCAAGAAAAACUAAGCGAAAGUUCCUUGGUGCGCAUUUUCUGGCCACGUGAACGUUGUAAUUUGUUGCGUGACGAUGUGGUCUUUGUCGAUUCUCCAGGUGUUGAUGUAUCAGCAAAUCUCGAUGAUUGGAUUGAUAAUCAUUGUUUGAACGCUGAUGUGUUUGUUUUGGUAUUGAAUGCCGAAUCCACUAUGACACGUGCCGAAAAACAAUUCUUUCACACAGUCUCACAGAAAUUAUCGAAGCCCAAUAUAUUUAUAUUGAACAAUCGUUGGGAUGCAUCGGCCAAUGAACCAGAAAGUCAGGAAUCGGAGCUCGACAAGGUGAGAUCUCAACACACAGAAAGAUGUAUUGAUUUCCUAACAAAAGAAUUGAAAGUUACCAAUGAAAAGGAGGCAGCUGAACGUGUUUUCUUUGUAUCAGCUCGUGAAGCAUUGCAGGCACGCAUCGAAGAAGCCAAAGGCAACUCACCCAGCCAAGGCGCUAUUGCCGAAGGUUUUCACACACGCUAUUUUGAAUUUCAAGAUUUCGAACGUAAAUUCGAAGAAUGCAUUUCAAAGAGUGCCGUUCAAACGAAAUUCGAAAAGCACAGUUCUCGCGGCAAAACAUUAUCAGGUGAUAUGCGUUCGAUGCUGGAUAAUAUCUAUGAACGUAUUACAAUAUUCCGUAAUUUGAAAUUGGAUCAAAAGACGCUGUUGAGCGAACGUAUACAAGGCACCGAAACGGAAAUGAUGAAUGUUACCCGAGAAAUGAAAUUGAAGAUUCACAAUAUGGUCGAAGAGGUCGAACAAAAAGUCUCGAAAGCUCUGAACGAAGAAAUAUGGCGUUUGGGUGUAUUAAUCGAUGAAUUCAAUAUGCCUUUCCAUCCCGAACCAUUGGUAUUAAAUAUUUACAAAAAGGAGUUGAACAGUCAUGUUGAAGCUGGUUUGGGUUCGAAUUUGAGAGCUCGUCUAUCUAUGGCGUUGGCAACAAAUGUUGAAGCGGCACAAAGAGAAAUGACAGAACGCAUGCAUGCCUUGGUGCCCAAUGAGAAUCUAUUGCCACAGGCCCAGAAAAUUGUUGCACGUUCACAGCCAUUCGAAAUGCUUUACUCAUUAAAUUGUCAGAAUUUAUGUGCCGAUUUCCAAGAAGAUUUGGAAUUUAAAUUCUCAUGGGGUAUUACAGCGAUGAUACAACGUUUCACCGGUAAAGUGCGAGAGCGUAACAGUAAAAAACAACCAGCCAUACUGAAUCGUCAAGGCAGCAUGGUGAAUCCCAUGUCACCCAUAACACCAGUCAAUGAUACACCAUUGUGUCUUAUACCCACACCGGUUGGUGGCAUCAGCCAAGAACAAUUGUCGCUGAUAUCACGUUUUGCAUUAACCUCAAUUGGAUCACAAGGCACAGUGGGUGGCCUUAUUGUGGCGGGCAUUAUGUUGAAAACAAUUGGAUGGCGCGUGUUAGUGGGUGUUGGUGCUCUUUAUGGCUGUAUUUAUUUGUAUGAACGCUUGUCCUGGACAAAUUCAGCCAAGGAACGUGCCUUCAAAUCCCAAUAUGUGCGUCAUGCCACCAAAAAGUUGAAAAUGAUUGUUGAUCUGACAUCAGCAAACUGCAGUCAUCAAGUGCAACAAGAAUUGUCCAGCACAUUUGCCCGUUUGUGCCGCACCGUUGAUACUGCCACCACCGACAUGAAUGAAGAACUAAAAACAUUGGAAGCCCAACUCAGCGUCUUGGAAGCUAAUCAAAAACAAUUGAAACUUUUGCGCAACAAAGCAAAUUACAUUCAAAAUGAACUGGAAAUAUUCGAAACAAAUUAUAUUGCACCCAACUAGCAGCCAU